AUGUUUGGUUCCGGCUCUGGACGGCCGCGGCCAGAUAGAGCCGAAGUUCAGCCGGCCGACGCGAAUAUUUCCAGUCAGGCCUUCAGGCAGACGACCACCUCUAUCAGUCACCUCUUCAUAGCUACAACCACUAGACGUCUAGUCUACCCACAAGGCUCUCCUCAGGCGAAACGCAACCUCAGCGGUCUCUGCAAGAUGUGCGGUGUUCUCGGUGUUCUCCUCCAUGACCCCCUCGCGACUCAGACAGCUCAGGCUGGAUCCGAGAUGUACGUCCGCUGCGAUUAUCCGCAUGCUGAAGGUCUCUCGCUGCUCCAACAUCGCGGUCAAGAUGCAGCUGGGUGUGUGACCUGUGGGCAGGGCGGACGGUUCUACCAGGUCAAGGCGAACGGUAUGGUCCGGGAUGUGUUUGAUGGGGCGUCCGUCGCUGGUCUCAAGGGAUGGAUGGGAGUCGGGCACGUGCGUUACCCUACUGCGGGCAGUUCGGGACAUGCGGAGGCUCAACCCUUCUACGUCAACUCGCCAUACGGUAUCGUCCUCGCACACAACGGGAACCUCAUCAACACCCCUUCGCUCCGCCAAUUCCUGGACGCCGAUGCGCACAGACAUGUCAACACCGACUCGGACUCGGAGCUCAUGCUCAACAUCUUUGCCGAUAACCUCCAGAAGACUGGAAAGUUCCGUAUCAACGAAGAAGAUAUCUUCACAGCUCUGCGGGACAUGAUGGUCACCUGCUCGGGCGCCUAUGCCUGCGUAGCUAUGCUGGCUGGUUUCGGAAUCAUCGCAUUCAGGGAUCCGAACGGUAUUCGCCCGCUUGGCGUGGCGACGCGUCAAGGAGCACGAGGCGGGGUGGACUAUAUGGCCGCGAGCGAGAGUGUCGUAGCGCAGGGUCUGGGGUACUCGGACUGGCAGGAUGUGCAGCCAGGAGAAGCAGUCAUCAUUACCCGCGCCGGCGCGACCCGCCGGAUCGUAGCGCCCAACAAGAAGUUCGCUCCCGACAUGUUCGAAUUCGUCUACUUUGCUCGGCCCGACUCGACCAUCGAUGGGAUCUCGGUAUACAGAAGCAGGAUGCGGAUGGGGGAGUUGCUCGGCGAGACGGCCAAGGCGGAAUUGACCAAGGCGGGUUUGACGGUGGAUGUUGUUAUUCCGGUACCGGACACGUCGCGAGUCGCUGCGCUGCAAUUAGCACAGUACCUUGGUAUCCCGUACAGAGAGGGUUUCGUCAAGAACCGAUAUGUCGGGCGGACUUUCAUCAUGCCCGGUCAAACACAGCGGCGCAAGAACGUCCGGAGGAAGCUCAACGCUAUUCCGAUGGAAUUCGCCGGCAAGACCGUCAUGCUCGUUGAUGACUCCAUCGUCCGCGGAACCACCUCGAAAGAGAUCGUCCAAAUGGCCAAAGACGUCGGCGCCCUCAAAGUCAUCUUUGCCUCCUGCGCACCCCCUAUCCGCUUCUCCAACGUGUACGGUAUCGACAUGCCCUCGCGCCACGAGCUCGUCGCGCACAACCGGACAACCGACGAGAUUGCCACCGAGAUCGGCGCCGACCUCGUCAUUUACCAAGAAAUGCAGGAUCUCGUGCGGUCCUGCCAGGAGCUCAACGAGGGGAUCGAGUCGUUUGACUGUUCAGUUUUCAACGGAGAGUAUGUGACGGGCGGGGUGGACGCGGCGUACCUUGAUAGGUUGGAACGGUUGAGGAAUGAUAAUGCCAAGGCGAAGAAAUUGGGCAAGGGGCUCGAGGAGGCCGAGUUCCAGAUUGAGGGGGGAUGCGCGGGACCGAUGAACGGGUCAGACUCGCUCAUUGGCCUCGGGAACCACUCGCCCAAAGUCGGACCGACCAACAUGCCUACACCGAACGACUCGGUCGGCCUGCACAACUCGUGGUUCGGCUCAUAG